UGACUCUGCAGUGGGAUGGGUCGAUUACAAAAGAUUCUCAUUCCCUUUUUGGGAUUGGUCUUGGCAUUCGGUUUUUAUUCGUCGAGGGAGAAUUUCAAACCGGAGAUGCUGCGAGGGAAGCGAGUGAUUGUCACUGGAGCAGGCACUGGAAUUGGAGAGCAGAUGGCUUAUCACCUGGCUCGGAUGGGAGCCCACGUCCUGGUCACGGCACGCACAGAGGCCAAGCUGCAGAAAGUGGUGGAGCAGUGCCUGCAGCUGGGCGCAGCCUCUGCGCGGUACGUGAGCGGCAGCAUGGAGGACACGGCCUUUGCUGAGCACGUUGUGAAGGAGGCACAGAACCUACUGGGAGGCCUAGACAUGCUGAUUCUGAAUCACAUCGGCAAGUCGUACUUCGGUUAUUUUGACGGGGAUGUCGGGCACGUGCAACGGCUCCUGCAGAUCAACUUCCUCAGCUACGUGGCCAUGACGGCCUCUGCUCUGCCCAUGCUGAAGGACAGCGGGGGCAGCAUCGUGGUGGUUUCCUCCAUGGCAGGUAAAGUUGGGUUUCCACUUACUGUGCCAUAUUCUGCAACUAAGUUUGCCUUGGAUGGAUUUUUCAGCUCCCUGAGGCAGGAAUUCAGCAUGCAGAGUGUUAAUGUUUCCAUCACGCUCUGCAUCCUUGGCUUCAUUAAUACUGAGGCGGCCGUGAAAGCUACUGCUGAUGUGAUCCUGAUGUCCCCAGCACCUAAAGAGGAGUGUGCACUGGAAAUCAUCAAGGGGGGAGCCCUCCGCCAGCGGGAGGUUUACUACAGAUACGCUUCUACUAAAAUACCCCUCUUGCUGCGGGACUGGGCUGCAGACCUGCUGGAUUAUCUCAUCAGGAAGCACUACAACAUGGAGAACUUCAAGAACAACUAA